GAGGAGCCAUCGGCACGAAGCGAGAGUCCAGCAAGGGAGCAGACACGGAGCGAGCUUGCUUCGGAGGCCUUUGGCCACGACAGCAUCCGCAAGGCCUACGAGGAUUUGGGUGCAGAAGCGUUCUAUGCUGCCAAGGGCGCAUCGUACGUGAAUCCGCACAGCGAAGUUCUGAACGAGGCCUUUGCCUGCGCACUCGAUGCCUGGUCAGACCAGGGACAGAUCUCAGGCUUGCGAUCGCUGGAUUCGGUCUUGGACCUGGCUUGCGGCAGUGGCGAGGCCACCGCUGCUCUGGAGAAAUGGCUCCAGAGUCGAGGAGCCAACGCUCCCUCUCGCAUGGAGGCUAGUGAUCCCUACACCUUCGAAGCUUUCGAACGACGAUAUCCUGGAAGAGCAUGCUUCCGGUGGACUUUCGAAGAGAUUGCGGGCGGCUGUCUCGAGUCGGCCAAGUACGAUCUCGUGAUCUGCAGCUUCGCUCUGCACCUGUUGGAUCGGUCGUGGCUUGCGGUGACGUUGCAAGCCCUGGCACGGCAGGCUCGGCAUCUGGUGGUGGCGACGCCGCACAAGAGGCCGAUUAUCGAUGCUCAGAUGGGCUGGAACCUUUGCGACGAGAUCCUUCACGAGCGCGUCCGUCUGCGGCUUUACUGCUCGUUGCUUCUGGAAGAGCUCACCGAGACCUAG